AUGACCAAUACCAGUACCGGAACUUCUCAAAUGUUUUUGAGUUUCCUCACAUCCCAAAUGGGAACUAAUGAGUAUUCGACGGCAAGUCUCCUGACCGCUACCACCAUUGCUGCUGUCUUCGUUCACGCACUGCUUCGCAUCUACAACCGUUUCAAGCCCUAUGCUGUGGACAAAUCCUUACCAGGUCCAGAAAGGCACCCCUUCCUUGGCAUUCUAGUGACGCUCUUCUAUCGAAACAGAGGAAGAAUGCCGGAAGCACUGCACGAAUUGAGUGAAAAGUACCAGUGCACAUGGGGUGGUCCAUUGCCCCGUAUUGGUGCCAUGGGCGGCUCCUACUUUUGCACCGUUGAAGCAAAGAACAUUCAACAUAUUCUUAGUGGCAAUUUUGACAACUAUGAAAAAAGUGAUCGCUUUCACAAUCUAUUUCGAGAACUUUUGGGAAACGGAAUCUUUGGGGUUGACGGAGCAACUUGGUAUCGCCAUAGAAAGAUUGCCUCCCACAUGUUCUCUACCAACCUACUACGUGAGGCUGCCAAGGUCACUUUGACAAAUGUGCAAGAGCUUUCUACAAUUCUUAAGGAUACGCAGACCACUGGAAAGGAAGUGGAUGUUCAAGAUCUAUUCUUUCGAAUGACCUUUGAUGUCACAUCGGUUGUGGCAUUCGGAACAGAAUAUGGAAGCUUGAAGAACGAAACACAACAUGCGUUUGCCCAAGCCUUUGAUGAAAUGCAGCUACUCUUGGUUCAGAGAGUGCCAGAUCUUUUUUUUGAAUUGAAGCGAGUCUUCAAUAUUGGCCAACGAGAAAGGAGAAUUCGUGAGCUCAAGGUCAUCCUUGAUGAUAAUGCAAAGGAAAUCAUCCAGGGACGGAGGCGCACAGCCAAGGAUGGGAAGCUUGGUCCUGAUCUUCUUAGUCGAUUCAUUGAUUAUGCCGACAAAAACAAUGACCCGAUUUCAGAUGAGGAGCUGAGGGAUGUCAUUAUGAAUUUCAUGGCUGCUGGUCGAGAUACUACAGCUGUUGCUCUAUCCUGGUCACUCUUUGAGCUCUGCAAGCACCCUGAAGUAGUGGAGAAGAUGCUAGAAGAAGCAAAUGAAGUCUGUGGCAGAGUAGAUGAUGGCAAUGCUGGAGAUUACUCAUACGACAACAUUGGAAAAUUGAAAUACAUUGAUGCUGUUGUCAUGGAGGUCCUUCGAUUGUAUCCCUCUGUUCCUGUGACAGUGAAGUAUGCUGUCAAUGAUGAUGUCCUACCUGAUGGUACCUUUAUUCCAAAGGGAGCCAUGGUGCCACUGUCACCACGAGCUGUCGGAAGGAGCCAUCAGGUUUGGGGCAGUGAUGCUAGCGAGUUCAAACCUACCCGGUUCUUGAACCAGAAGGAACCAACUGCAUUCAAAUACAUAACCUUUAAUGCAGGAAAGAGGUUGUGUCUUGGGAAACCCAUGGCCUUGAACACCUUGAAGUUGACACUGGCCUAUCUGAUUCAAAGAUUUGAAUUCGAAGAUAUCCAAGGACACGAUGGAGUCCAUGAGACCUUUACUAUGAUCAGGAAGAUGAAGGGAGGCUUUCCCACGAAAGCCACAUUGAGGCAAUCGUAA